ACGAGCGCCGCAGCCUGGGCCAUGGGCGAGCACCCCAGCCCCGGCCCCGCAGUGGCCGCUUGUGCCGAGGCGGAGCGCAUCGAGGAGCUGGAGCCCGAGGCCGAGGAGCGGCUGCCCGCCGCUCCAGACGACUUUGACCCUAGGAGCACCGGCUACAUCAGCACAGGAAAAUUCCGGAGCCUCCUGGAGAGCCACAGCUCUAAACUGGACCCACACAAAAAGGAGGUGCUGCUAGCUCUUGCUGACAGCCAUGCAGAUGGGCAGAUCUGCUACCAGGACUUUGUCAACCUGAUGAGCAACAAGCGCUCCAACAGCUUCCGACAGGCCAUCCUUCAGGGCAACCGCAGGCUGAGCAGCAAGGCCCUGCUGGAAGAGAAGGGGCUGAGCCUCUCACAGAGGCUCAUCCGCCAUGUGGCCUACGAGACUCUGCCCCGGGAGAUUGACCGCAAGUGGUACUAUGACAGCUACACCUGCUGCCCUCCGCCCUGGUUCAUGAUCACAGUCACCCUGCUGGAGGUUGCCCUUUUCCUGUACAAUGGGGUCCUACUGGAUCAGUUUGUGCUGCAAGUGACACAUCCUCAGUACCUGAAGAACUCUCUGGUUUACCAUCCACAGCUCCGUGCACAGGCUUGGCGCUAUGUGACAUACAUCUUCAUGCAUGCAGGGGUAGAACACCUAGGACUCAAUGUGGUGUUGCAGCUGCUGGUAGGAGUACCCCUGGAGAUGGUGCACGGAGCCACCCGAAUUGGGCUGAUCUACGUGGCCGGUGUUGUGGCAGGCUCCUUGGCUGUGUCUGUGGCUGACAUGACUGCACCUGUUGUGGGCUCUUCCGGAGGGGUGUAUGCACUCGUCUCUGCCCACCUGGCCAACAUUGUCAUGAACUGGUCAGGCAUGAAGUGCCAGUUCAAGCUGCUGCGGAUGGCUGUGGCCCUGAUCUGUAUGAGUAUGGAGUUCGGGAGGGCUGUGUGGCUCCGCUUCCACCCAUCGGCUUAUCCCCCGUGCCCCCACCCAAGCUUCGUGGCGCACUUGGGUGGUGUGGCUGUGGGCGUCACCCUGGGUGUGGUGGUUCUAAGAAACUAUGAACAGAGACUGCAGGACCAGUCGCUAUGGUGGAUUUUUGUGACCAUGUACACCAUCUUUGUGCUGUUUGCUGUAUUCUGGAACAUCUUUGCCUACACACUACUGGACUUGAAGCUGCCACCACCCCCCUAAGGGACUGGAGGACCGAAGCAGGGAGGGGAAGAGGCAUCCAGAGGAAAUACCUGCAUCUGUUUCUCAUCACCAAUUCGGCGAGACCAGGGGGAGCAGGAGACUCUCUGGGCCGGGAUAUGUGUUUCAAGUUAGAAGGGUGGGGGAGGAGAUGGAUGCAGCUGCUGUCAUUUUCCUAGGCUGAUCUGAUGCUCUGGAGUCAGGGGGAGAGUACCUGUCCCAUGUGC